UUCCGGGCGACUCAACCCUGCCGGCGGCGGCAUUAUCGUCAGUUUUCCGCGUUUCCUUCCUGAAGUGCAAGCGUGGCGGUCAUGCCUUGGAUACUCUCGGCAACUAAGCUUGUUCCCGCGGUAGCAAGCGCCCGCAGCCUCUCAGGAUGCAUGUCAUGUUCACAGCGAAGGUACUCCCUGCAGCCCAUCCGAGAGAGGAGGAUUCCAAACCGAUACUUAGGCCAGCCCAGCCCCUUUACACACCCACACCUCCUCAGACCAGGGGAGGUGACACCAGGACUAUCCCAGGUGGAAUAUGCACUUCGCAGACACAAACUAAUAUCUCUGAUCCACAAGGAAGCACAAGGGCAGAGUGGUACAGACCACACAGUGGUACUGCUGUCCAACCCUACAUACUAUAUGAGCAAUGAUAUCCCCUAUACUUUCCACCAAGACAACAAUUUCCUGUACCUGUGUGGAUUCCAAGAGCCUGAUAGCAUUCUGGUCCUUCAAAGCCUCCCCGGCAAGCAGUUACCAGCACACAAGGCCAUACUUUUUGUGCCUCAGAGAGAUCCCAGUCGAGAACUUUGGGAUGGCCCCCGAUCUGGUACUGAUGGAGCAAUAGCUCUAACUGGAGUGGAUGAAGCCUAUACGCUGGAAGAAUUUCAACAUCUUGUACCAAAACUGAAAGCCGAGACACAUACACUGUGGUAUGACUGGAUGAGGCCCCCUCACAUUCAGCUCCACUGUGACUACAUGCAGCAGUUGACAGAGGUCAAAGCCAGGAGCAAGAACAAGGUUCGGGCUGUGCAGCAGCUGGUACAGCGUCUCAGGCUGAUCAAAUCUCCUGCAGAAAUUGAACGAAUGCAGAUUGCUGGGAAACUGACAUCACAGGCUUUCAUAGAGACCAUGUUUGCCAGUAAAGCCCCUGUAGAGGAAGGCUUUCUUUAUGCUAAGUUUGAAUUUGAAUGCCGGGCCCGUGGUGCAGACAUCUUAGCCUACCCACCUGUGGUGGCUGGAGGUAAUCGGUCAAACACUCUGCACUAUGUGAAGAACAAUCAACGCAUCAAGGAUGGGGAAAUGGUGCUUCUGGAUGGAGGUUGUGAGUCUUCUUGCUAUGUGAGUGACAUCACUCGUACCUGGCCUGUCAAUGGCAGGUUCACGGCACCUCAGGCAGAACUCUAUGAAGCUGUUCUAGAAGUCCAGAAAGAUUGUGUGACCCUCUGCUCCCCUGGAACAAGCUUGGAUAACAUCUACAGCAUGAUGCUAACACUGAUAGGACAGAAGCUUAAAGAGUUGGGGAUCGUGAAGAACAUUAAGGAAAAUAAUGCCUUCAAGGCUGCUCGAAAAUACUGCCCGCAUCAUGUUGGCCAUUACCUCGGGAUGGAUGUCCACGACACUCCAGACAUGCCCCGCUCCCUCCCUCUGCAGCCUGGCAUGGUAAUCACAGUGGAGCCAGGUAUUUAUAUUCCGGAGGAUGACAAAGACGCCCCUGAGAGGUUCCGUGGUCUUGGUGUACGAAUUGAGGAUGAUGUAGUGGUAACAGAGGACUCACCUCUCAUCCUUUCUGCAGAUUGUCCCAAAGAGAUGAAUGACAUCGAACAGAUAUGCAAUAGGGCCUCUUGACCCUCAGUGUGGCCCACAUGCAUCUUAGGUUCAGAAGGAGUGGACGUUGGCCUCUGUGCACGUGUACUUUCUGGGGGUCUCUGUGUGGACAUUUAUACACGUGUUCCACUGGAGAGUGCAGCAGGUAUAUGAGUGUAUGUAGUUGUGUAUGUGGUCUUUUCUUGUUUUAUGUAGCUAGAAAUCUGGGAAAUUGAGUUUUUGGAUUAUAUGUUACUGCAACUUUAGUAACAUUAAUUCUGUAGAAUUAAUGACUCAGACAAGUUUAGUUUUCAGAUGUAAAGAAAGAUCUUGGUUACAUAUGUCCACGCAUCCCAGUUAGCACAUGGAGAAAAUUCUCUGCUUCUCUCCAGGUCCUUCCCCUCUGCACUUUUCCUGAGAUCUACCUAAUAUCAUAAGAUUUUUGUGUAAUGCUUAUAUAUUUUGAGCCAAUCACCAAGGUCUUUCCCUACACUGAAAACCACCCAUCAGUGAUUGUGGGUGGCCAGUAUAUACCUUCCAUAACACCUGCCUACCUAUCCAGGAGCCCAUGUAUCUACCGGAGCCAUGUGAGCCCUCAGGGCACUGGUGUCCUACAGUCACACCAUUCAGCCACAGUCCAGAUUCCAGCAACACUAGCUAUCGAACAAAACAUUUUUGAGCCUUUCUUGCUAUUUGGUUACCUGGGACCUGGAAGCUGUUUAGAUUCUUGAUAAGGAAGGAAAUGAAAGAGAAAGAAAAGUAUGUGUGUCUGCUGUAGAUCCAGACCGCCAUCCGUCUGUUCUCAGUCUAAAGUUGAUUCCUUUCCCAGACAUCCAUGCUUUCUUUAUAGAUUCUUAAUGCAUUGACCCUCAGCACACCCUUGAAGCUGCUUCCCUGGCCAAGGGCAGAUCCUCUACUUACCCUAUUAAAGUCAGAGGAAUGGCACCCAGUAUUCAGAGAGACACCCCAGUUAUUAUUCUGUGAUUUCCUCUAGUGCCAAUAAAAACAAAAUAUGCAACCCGCUCAGUACCUGUAAACACCCUGUGAUCCUUUCCUUCCUUGGACGUUAGCACUGGAAGGACAAUGGUAAAGACUCAUGUUUCCCUCAACACAGUGUUGGAUGCAAUUAUAUAAUACUCAGUUUGUGAAGUGAACAGGGCUAGACUGCUGCAGAUAGGUUAUUUGGGAGCUCCUAUCAUAGGGGAAAGCUUUAAGAACUAGUGUGUUCACCUCCUUUAAACCUGCAUAUGAGCUCAAGAUGUAUAAAACAUGCUGAUUAUUAGAACAUAAAUUCGAAAAAUUUUAAGAAAAUAUUUGCAUUAGGGAAGAACAGGCUAGGAGAUUAACACUCCUUGCAGUGCUAGAGGUUUGCCCAUCUUGUCAGAAAAACCCAAGGUACAGAGCCCAGAGCAGACAGGCAGUGACUUCAUCAGGAGACAAAGAUAAUGUUAGCGACCAAAGUGAUACAAAUUGUGUCCUGACAGUGCUCACCCGCAAAUGCUUGGCUGUGCUCAGCAGCUGUGGGAAUGGAUGGCUGCACAGCUGGAGUCAUCAUCCCUGCACCUGCCCUCCUCACCCCUCUCCAACUUCUCAGUCCUGUGCUUGUUACUUUCUAAGAGGGGACUAAAAAGAAACCCACAACUCUGGCUUCUCACUCCCUUGGCCUGUAUGGCCUCAACAACCUUUUUCUGGAAUUGGGUUACCUUUGUUCACUUACAAUCCUGGAAUAAGGAAUUUCCUUUUCUUCCUAUAAAUCAUUUUCUGUAGUCUUCAACUUUCUAGCUAAAAGCUUAGGCAGCUUUUAUGAAUAGCAGCCUACUUGGACAUGAAACAGACUUCUUCCAGCUGGACUCCUGGCAAGUUCUACAGGUGUUGCAAGUCACACGUAGAACGGCCGUUGUUUAAUUCUUCUGGUGAUUUAUAGUCCCUGACCCAGGCAUAUUGUCCUUUGAGUCCCCGAUUAACCACAGCAGCUAACAUUUGCAUCAGACUAUCAGAACCUUCAAGAAGUGACACAGUGUACAUCUCAGAGCAGCGGUUUAGGGACUGUCUGAUCUGUUCAGGAUUGGUUGAGCAGAUAAUUGUGCACAGUGCCGGAAUCUCAUUAAUUCUUAGCCUUACCACAGACAUGCCCCACAUUUCCCUCCUUGUUUCAGUAUAAUAAAUACUUCAUAUAUAUACACACCAAGCUCUCCUAAUGAAAACCUUAAUUUUUAAAAAAUGCUUCAAAUGUCACACUGAAAUUUUUCUCCCUGAAUUGAAGAGAUACAGCUAAAAUAUUAACAAUAAUCUAAAGGCAAGAAGUAUAUCUAGGGCUUCCCUGGUGGCGCAGUGGUUGAGAGUCCGCCUGCCGAUGCAGGGGACACAGGUUCGUGCCCCGGUCUGGGAAGAUCCCACAUGCGGCAGAGCAGCUGGGCCCGUGAGCCAUGGCUGCUGAGCCUGUGCAUCCGGAGCCUGUGCUCCACAACGGGAGAGGCCACAACAGUGAGAGGCCUGUGUACUGCAAAAAAAAAAAAAAAAGUAUAUUUAGAUGGCCUCUGCUGCAUACUUUUAUGGUUUUAUUUCAGGAAUUGUUAUUUUUCUCUAUAAUUAAACUGGGACUGUGUUUUUUAUUUGAAACACAGCAGUAGAAAUAGAAUAAUAACUCUCCUCUUCCCAUAGUCAUACCCAAGUUAGGAAGGUACUUCUUAUGGUGACUUAAAGUUCUCUUUGUGUGUCUUCUUUCAAAAUAUUGUUAUCUUUUUUAUUAAUUUUUGUAAGGUCAGAAAAGGAAAACUCCUACUAUAGACAUUAUAUCUUAAUUGGGUUUAAGAUCCAUAAGAUGAGUUAAAUCCCCGGAUAAAGACAUUGUAACUCAUUAAAAUAGAAAACUUGGGCUUUGUUGUUUUUCAAAACAUACAUAACCAGCAUCCUCCUUAGCUUUCUUAAUAAUAGAAGGAAUGCAAAUAUGAUGCAUGAGUGCUGCCUCUCCCUGUCCUGUGUCCAUGUCACAUCACAUGUACAGCAUAGUGGCUGUCCCACCAGUUCCACCUGUGACCCCAGAGUCCUUUGUAACACAGUGUUUCCAGUAACUGCUGUCAGUAAAACAAGAGUUGGGAUUUGAGUUAGACUCUGUCUACCAUCCCUCAACUGGCAUAUGAUCAAUAAUAAUGUAACUUAUUUGUGUUUGCAUGUUAGAAACUAAAUGAGGGCCCAGGAUGGUGGCAGCAUAAGGGAUCUUGCUUGGAAGAGGUUUUUACUGUGUGGUUUUUGUUUGUUUGUUUGUUUUUAAUUUUAGUUUCCUGAAGUGGGAUCUGUAUCCCAAAACUUAAGCUGAUAGGGUUAAGUUUUAAGCCUGGACAAAUAUACUUCAAGCUGAAGUGUUUAAUAAUCCUAAUAUGAGAAGGUGAAUACAUCAUUAAACCCUAAUUCUAGAGCAGAAUUCCACUGUCACAAAGCACGUCUGUCUUCCUGGCUCCUUUCACCUCUGCCUAUGUGUCACUGAGGAACUUGGGGUAAGCAUCAGUAUUAUUCAGAUCAGGGAUCCCCACUGAAACCAGGGCCUCCUGGGGUGUGCUUCAUGAGAAGCUGAGAGAACUGCAGUCUUUGUUAGCAUUUCUUAAUGCUUUGUAUGACUUUUGUGCAAUUAUAUAAGUUCAAUUUGGACAAAAUGCUGUUACUUUUUAAGGCCCUAUUGACUGAAAGUAGAUAUGUCAUUUCCCAACAAGGGAAGACCAUUUGUUACUGUCAUUUUAAAAAUAAACUAUAAAACGAUGUAAGAGUG